AUGGAUUGUGCGUCCAAGUGGGUGGGCCAUGUGCACCAUCUCGUGCACACCCGCCUGCAUGCGCGCUUGCGGGGAGGCAAUGUGGCGCAGGCUGUGCCGAAAUACGAGGUAAUGGAUCCUGUGGAGGAGCUCGUGCAUCUGGCCGCACUGCUGGGCGAAUGCGACGAUUUGCUGACAUUCCACGAUGCGGAGCAUGCAGCGUCGCUUUCGGCCGCAUCGAGUGAGGUUGAGGCGCUGCGCGAAGCGACACCACAUGCCGCUGAGCUCCAAGCGCAGCUCCAAGCGCAGCAAUUUAAUUACGCACUUGCGGUCGAUGCCGUGCGCACGCUGCAGUCUUGUGAGGACGCCGACAAGACUUUUGUGGACGAGCCUGAGCGUGCGCUACUUAAGAAUGGCGGGAAAGAUGAUGCGGUGCUGACGGAGCAUGCUGCGCAGCUGGAAAUGCUGCAACAAGCACAUGCCGCUCAAAUCGACGCGCUGCAACAGACGCAUGCAGCGCAGACUAAUGAACUUGUAGCGCAGCACGACGCAGCGCUCGAUGCGGCACAAAAUGAGCAGGCUGUUUUGGAAGAAGCGCGUGAGGCUGCGUCAUUGGAGGCGCAGAGCGCACGCGCCGCCCUGGCUGCUGAGCGCACGGCGCAUGCAGCCGCGGCCACGUCUCUUGCACGCACGCUCGAAGUGUUGGCUGCAGCGGUGCAUGCAAACGCCCAGCGUCUUGCGCCGCUGCACGACCGCGCAGCGAGUCUUGAAAAUGCUGUUGCCGACGCAUGCAUGAUGCGCGAUCAAGCGCUUGCGGCAAGCGCUGCGGCAGACGCCAAGAAUACCCAACUUGUACGCAUCGCGGAGGACGCAACAAAAGAAGUUGACGCCGCAAGGAAGCAGGCACAUACGCUAGAGACGAUCCUGCACGAGCGACAGACGCGUUUCCAAGACGCCCACCAUCGCCUCGCCGAGCUGCAGCAAGUCGUAGAGUGCACGGUGGAUGCACAGGCAAAUGCAGAUGCAUUGCAGCGGCGCGCCGAGGCCGCCGAGGCGGAUGUACACCAGCUGCGUGAAAAGGUGCGGGAAGCUGCGCCGUUGCGCACGGAGCUUGUCCAAGCCAAAGGCGAGGCACAGGAGCUCAGCACGAUUUUAUCGAUGCACAAAGCGAGUGCCGAGCACGCCGAGCAAGAGCGUGUGCACGCCAAAGAGCAGCUCGAAGAGGCCACUGCCAAGAACUACAUGCUUCAGCACACGCUCGACACGCGCGAAGCCGAAGUGGAGCACUUAAAAGAGACCAAGCGGCGGCACACGGAGCAGCUGCGCCAGCUGCGUGCCGUGGAAAAAGAGCUUGCGCAGUCGCUAGCGGAUGUACGCGCCGCGCCACGGUCCAGUGCGCCGCUCGAAGAGCGCAUUGUACAGCUCGAGCUCGAGCUCAGUGCCAAGGCAGAGGAAGUCGAGGCCGCAGACACGCGCAUCUUGGCGGCGCUCAAGGAUGCAAAGCGUUUGGCUGCUCAGAACAAGCAGCUUGCCGCGCGUCUUGACCGGGCACACGAGGAACCUACGCCGCAAGCGCGGCAGAGUGCUCUUCAGGAUCGUACAAACACGCCCGCGCGAGCAGUGUCGCCGGGAGAAAAAGGCGCGCGCUCUGAAUCGCGCUUCAUGGACCGACUUGCGCGCUUCAAGCCGACACGGUAG